CCAGCUACACCAUUUCACCACCCCAAGCACCAUUACUGUUGCCAUUGAAACCUCUCUCUGUUUCUCCUUCUCUCUCCCCUUCCUCUUUUUCUCUCCCAUCCUUUUUUUUUCUCUCUGAGAUUUCAUUGCUGCAACUGGCAACUGCAUUGCUGCACACCCAUGUCUGCCACUUCCAGUGCUUUCCAUUUUCAUGGUCUUUCUCCUUCCACUCGUCAAGUUUUUCUUGUUCCUUGUUUAUCAUUUUUGUCCAAACAAGAUGGAAAAUUUGUCUCAGCCUUGUCCAACUUUCGGUUCCUUUCUUAGUUGCUUGAGCUUGAAUGUUCUUUUUUAAAUAUUUCAGAAAACAAUUGAGGUAAAGGUUUUAAAAAGGAAAACUAAACCCGUGUCCCUCUUCACAUGUUUGCUAUUUAUAAACCAUUCCUUUGAGACUUAACCCCGCCAGAAGUUUAAUAGCAUCCUAUUGUAUGUGUAGCCUUGAGUAUUCAAACAACUCAAUGUCAUUUUCCUGUACCAAAAACUUCUUCCAGCGGUUUUGUAAUGAUGAAUUUCAAAUGGGAAGUGAUAUUCAUGGCAAUUUCUUCUCAAGUGAUCUCCUUCCUUCACUUGGGGCCAGAAUUAACCAAACGACGAAGCUACGUAGAUACAUCAUUUCUCCUUUCAACCCUUACUACAGGGCAUGGGAGAUGUGGCUGGUUGUUCUAGUCAUUUACUCUGCCUGGAUCUGUCCAUUCGAGUUCGCAUUCCUGACUUAUGAGAAAGAUGGACUUUUCAUUUUUGACAACAUUGUCAAUGGCUUCUUUGCUGUUGACAUCGUUCUCACCUUCUUUGUUGCAUACCUCGAUAGCCACUCUUACCUCCUUGUUGAUGAUCCCAAGAAGAUUGCAAUCAGGUACAUAUCUACCUGGUUUGCUUUCGAUGUCUGUUCCACUGCCCCAUUUCAGUCUCUCAGCCUCUUGUUCACCAACCAUGGUAGUGAGCUCUGGCUUAGGCUACUCAACAUGCUCAGACUCUGGCGUCUGAGACGAGUCAGCUCCCUUUUUGCAAGACUUGAGAAAGACAUACGCUUCAACUACUUCUGGACUCGGUGCACCAAGCUCAUUUCUGUGACCCUGUUUACAGUACAUUGUGCGGGAUGUUUUAACUAUUUGAUUGCAGAAAGAUACCCUGAUCCUUCGAAAACCUGGAUUGGUGCUGUCUACCCGAAUUUCAAAGAGCAGAGUCUCUGGGACAGAUAUAUAACUUCAAUUUACUGGUCCAUUACAACGCUUACUACAACUGGUUAUGGGGACUUGCAUGCUGAGAAUCCAAGAGAGAUGCUAUUUGAUAUCUUUUACAUGCUGUUUAAUUUGGGAUUAACAGCUUACCUCAUUGGGAACAUGACAAACCUCGUAGUUCACUGGACAAGCCGGACCCGUAAUUUUAGGGAUACAAUUAGAGCUGCUUCGGAAUUUGCGACACGCAAUCAGUUACCCCCCCGCAUACAAGAUCAAAUGUUGUCACACAUAUGCUUGCGAUUCAAAACAGAAGGAUUGAAACAACAAGAGACCCUAAAUAGUUUGCCAAAAGCCAUCCGCUCAAGCAUUGCACAGCAUCUCUUCUUCCACAUUGUGCAGAAAGUCUACCUCUUCCAAGGAGUUUCUCAUGACUUCUUGUUUCAGUUGGUUUCAGAAAUGGAUGCUGAGUAUUUCCCACCCAAAGAAGAUGUCAUUCUGCAGUAUGAAGCCCCAACAGAUCUUUAUAUACUUGUCUCGGGAGCAGCAAACUUGAUCUCCCAUGUUGAUGGGCAUGAUCAGGUUAUGGGAAAGGUAGCAGCUGGGGAUAUGUUUGGAGAGGUUGGAGUUCUAUGUUAUAGGCCACAGCCAUACACAGUUAGGACCAAAGAGCUUUGUCAAAUACUACGACUGAGUGGAACUUCACUGAUGAACAGCAUACAAGUAAAUAUGGAAGAUGGACGUGUUAUUAUGCAUAAUCUUUACAUGAAAUUGAAUGGGCUAGAGAGCAGCAGCUUUGACCAGCCCGAGGAAGGAACAAUGAGAGGAAGUUGUUCAGAAACUGGAUUUGAAGAUCAACCACAGAGAUAUGCAUCAAAGAAAGAAGCAACAGACAUAAGUUUCUUGGGAUCAGAGGCUAUAGAGAAGAGUCAAACAAGUAGAAUUACAGAUAAUGGAAUUCCAACAGCUGAGGAUGGCCAAACAGCUCUCCAUGAUGCUGUUCGCAAGGGGCACAUUGAAAUGGUUAAGAUUUUGCUCGAAGGAGGAGCAAGUGUAAAUAAGCUAGAUGCAAGAGGAAGGACACCAAAAGUGUUGGCAGAGCAACAGGGAAACAAGAGCAUAUAUGAGCUCUUACUUAGUUAUGAAAACAAAAGAAAGAAAGAUGAACAUAUGAUAGAGAUUAUAGAGCCAGAAAUAGCAGAUGACCCCAAGAAUAAUCAAAGCAAACAUAGAAGCGGGGCCCAAAAUUUCUUCAACUCGCGCAAUUAUAGAGAGGUAACAAUACCGACCAAGAAAAGAGUUACAAUUCACAUGCAGUUCCAGAGCAGCAGUACAUCAAGUAGACAACUUGGAAAGUUGAUACUCCUACCUGAUUCAAUACAAGAGUUGCUCAGAGUGGCUGGUGAAAAGUUUGGAUGCUACACAUUUACAAAAGUUCUUAAUUCUGAGAAUGCUGAAAUAGAUGAUAUACAUGUCAUUCGAGAUGGCGAUCAUCUGUAUCUCCUUCAAGAUGAAGAUGAAAAUGUAGGUUUCAAUGCGACCUGAUGAUAAUAAAUGUCCACUCGUUAAUAGAUGCACAGUCUGUAACCUUGCGACGGUGCCAAUGAUAAUGAAAUAAUAAAAGAACAUAACAGGAUCAGUUGAUUUGGGACUCACAAUUGCAAUUGUGUUGUUAAAUCAGAGAAGUCAAUUACAUCCGGUCAAUUUCACUCA